AUGGAUCAGGCAAAGCUGGCUAGACUCCAGGCGAGCGUGCGGAUUGGUACAGGCAAGGGUACCCCCCGCCGCAAGACCAAGAGAGUCCACAAGUCGUCCGGCGCCGACGACAAGAAGCUCCAGACCACCCUGAAGAAGAUGAACGUUCAGCCCAUCCAGGCUAUCGAGGAGGUUAACAUGUUCAAGGAGGACGGCAACGUCAUCCACUUCUCUGCUCCUAGAGUCCACGCUUCCGUCCCCUCCAACACAUUCGCCCUCUACGGUAACGGUGAGGAGAAGGAACUGACCGAGCUCGUCCCCGGUAUCCUCAACCAGCUCGGCCCCGACAGCCUCGCAUCCCUCCGCAAGCUCGCUGAGAGCUACCAGAACCUCCAGAAGAAGGAGGGUGCUGAGAAGAAGGAGGACGAUGAUGAGGAUGACAUCCCCGACCUGGUCGAGGGUGAGAACUUCGAGAGCAAGGUUGAGUAA